CAUUAUUAUUCUAUGGCAAUCAAUGCAUCAACUAAUUUGAUCGCUGUUCAAACUUCAAAUGCUAUUAAACUUAUUGAUCCUAAAACGAGCUCAAUUUUGUAAACCAUAGAAUCAGAGAUCAAAACUGUAUGUUUCUCAACUCAAAGCAUUCUAAUUUUUUCAUCAAAAAAUGUUUUAUCCUGUUUUGAUUACUAAGGACUAGAAUUAUGGAAAUAACAUAUUGGAGGUGAAUCUACAAUCAUUUUUGCCUUUGAAUAUCAUUCAAUUUAUGGCAUUAUUUACACAAAUAAAGAUUUUAGGAUCUAUACUUAAAUUUAGGAAUUCAAAUCUACUCUUGAUUUUGUUGCCAAAGAAAUCACUAAAGUCUAUUAAUACUAAUAGUAUUUAUUAGUUGUUGAUGAUUUAUAAAAUAGUAAAUAUCCUAUCAUUAUUAGAUGUUAAUUUGCUUCUUUUAGAUGAUAUUAUUCUUUUGAAAACUAAACCCUUUAAAGUCUUCACUGGAAAUAAUUCUCCAAUUAAUGACUUUGUACUUAAAAAUGUACUUGCUACUAUUUCCAAAGAUAAAGAAUUGAUAAUCUUUGAUCUUACAACAACCUAAAUGUAUUUUUCAUUUACAUUCUUAGCAUCUUCUAAACUUAAUUAGAUUCAGAACCAUUGACAUUAGAUAUUGAUCUUGAUUAUGCUUUUGUAGGAUGUGUUAAUAAAAACAUUUAUUAAAUUAAAUACAAUCAAUAAUCAAUAAAUUAUACCAUUCAUCCUGCAACCUAAAUCAAUAAAAGAAAAUUACUUAUAGGUCAUUUAAGUGAAAUUAAAAGUGUUAAAUUAUUUUUUGAAGAUGGACAUAACUUUAUUAUCAGCAAUUCUGAAGAUGGAUAAAUUUUCAUUUGGUAAGUUGAUGGCAAUUCAACUGUUCUUUCUAGAAAGAUAUUGACACUCUAAGCUCAAAAACUUUAUAUCGUUAAAAGACCUUAGGAAUACCAAUAAUAAAGUGAAGAACAAAUACUCUUUAAGUCGAAACGAUUAUUAUAGACAAAACCCUUAAAAAAAUCAAAAUAUACAUCUAAUCAAUUUAUGGUUUGUAAGAAAAGAAUAGAAAAAGUUAAAUUAUCUUUUAAUUUUUCAACCUAACCUACUUAGAAUGUGAUUGAUCCUUAAAUCAAUUAAAUCAUUGAAGAAAACCAGAAAUUAAAAUAGAUAAUACAUUAAUUGUUGUGA